CAAGGCAGAAGAGGUGGAGGGGGUAGCAGACAGCCAGCACCACCACCAAACACCACCAGAGUCGGUCAUAGCAACAGCCUCCUUCACACACGCUCACACACACUCACAUACACACGCAUACACUGGCGCGCUCCUCACAGUGAGCAGAAGUGGAAGGCAACAGCAGAAGUGGAGACGAGGCGCGCGCGCAUCUGCAAAGCAAAUCCAGUAAACCGGACGACGACUGUGACUCUUCAGUUUGCACAUUCUGACAGAUACACCCAGUCCUCGCACACCCACACUCAAACACUCACCAACACACACUCACAAGCACACGCAUCCACACACUCUCCUCUAUCUGUUCCUAGUGGUGUGUGUGUGAGAGAGAGAGCUGCGAGAUGUCGGCAGCCCUGCUGAGGACCCUGGGUGAGCUGCAGCUGUACCGCAUCCUGCAGAGGGCCAACCUGUUGGCAUACUACGACGCCUUCAUACAACAGCAGGGCGGCGAUGAUGUGCAGCAGCUGUGCGAGGCGGGAGAGGAAGAGUUCCUGGAGAUCAUGGCCCUGGUGGGCAUGGCCAGCAAGCCGUUACACGUCCGCCGCCUGCAGAAGGCUCUGCGCGACUGGGUCACCAACCCCUCCCUCUUCAACCAGCCCCUAGCCUCCCUGCCCGUGUGUAGUAUCCCGGUGUACAAGCUACCAGAGGGGGGCGCCACCAGCCCUCUGCUGGGCAGUAGUAAUAGUAAUGGUAGCAGUGGUGGCGGUGGUGGGGCUAACCAUACGCUCCGCGUGCCCAAAGCCCUGCUGGGCAACGCGUGCCUAGAUGGCAGCAGGGAGGGCACUCCCGUGCCCAGUUCUCCUUUGCAGAGCGGCGGCAUGGAGAGUAGCGGUGGAGGCGUGGGCCGCUUCUGGCUCGGCGGCGGCCACGCCAACGACAGCGAGCCCAGCCUGUCCCCGUGCGAGGCCACCUCGCCGUGCUCGCCGCGCGACGCCCUGGAGGCGCUGGACGCGGCCGCCGUCCAGUCGGUGACGGAGUGCGUGGAGCGCCUGGCGCAGGAGCAUGUGACGCCGCGCCGUGGCGACCCCGCCGAGGUGCGGGAGCAGGUGCGCGGCAACAAGAAGCUGGCCAAGAUGAUCGGACACAUUUUCGAGAUGAGCGAGGACGACCCCCGCCGGGAGGAGGAGGUGCGCAAGUACAGCGCCAUCUACGGACGAUUCGACUCCAAGCGGAGGGACGGGAAGCAUCUCACUCUGCACGAGCUGACGGUGAACGAGGCGGCGGCCCAGCUGUGCAUGAAGGACCUGUCCCUGCUGACGCGGAGAGACGAGCUGUUUGGCUUGGCACGCCAAGUGUCCCGAGAGGUCACCUACAAAUACACCUACAGGACCUGCAAAUCUCGCUACGCUGAUGAACCCUCUCCAAAGCGAAUCAAAACGGAGGAGGGCUAUUUUGACCUGCAGGAGGCGCUGCAGGCCAUCUACGUGCGGCAGGAGACACUGAGGGAGCAGCUGGCCUGUGCCAAGACCAAAGGAGAGGACGUGCUCAUCAGGAACCUGCAGAUGCAGCUAGAGCGUCUGUUGGCGAGGCAGAUGGAGAUCCUUCGUGAUGCGGCGGCUCAGGACCGUCUCCAGGCGCUGGACUGGAAGAUUCCGGCGGCUGCCCUCAAGCACCUCACCGACCGCCAGCGCACCAAUGGGCUCUCCGUCUCCCCCGACAACUGCCGUGGAGACCAGCAAGCUGAUAGGCCCCUGAAUCUGCGCGUGUCCAAUCAGACGGAAGGGGACAUCCCCCUGGGAAGGCAGCUGGCGAAUGAGCUGAAGCGGCACCAUAACCAUCACUCGGAGGAGAACAGGAAGCAUGGAGCAGAAAACGGCCAUCAGAAGUUCAGUCUGUUGGAGAAGACGGUGAUCAAGUCUGAACCCGAGGAUUCCAGAUAGUGUUCUCAACACAGCCUAUUGGUCCGUCACAGUUCUUGUUCUUAUCACACACUGCCCUCGCCCCUCCAUACAAACCAACCAAGCACAGGUAUAUUACAGAACUGCCUUAACAGCCGACAAUGCCUAAAAUGCAUAUUUAUUUUCUCCCAAUUUAUUCUUUUUAUUUGCUGAAUAUGUGUAUUUUUUUAAGUUCCCCCCAAGCGCCUAAAAAAAAUCUUCAGUAAAACCUGAGAUACAUGGAGAGUGCUUAUUGUUGAUUGCAGUUGUGUUGAUGUGUCUAUUUGUACAUAUGUUUAAUUUCUAUUUUCUUCUGAUGGGUUUUCUAAUAUAUGUUUGUUAUUUAAGAAUGAUUCAUCUUCAUGUAAAGGGCAAGCCAUGGCUUGUUCUUUUGUACUGUAUGUACUGUACACAGGAGCAGAUUGUUGUUUUUUGUUUUGUUUGUGCUCUAUUUAAUGCUUUGGUGGACAUCAAGACCAAAUAAAUAUUUUGUAUGUAAUACCAUUGGGUAAAAUAAAUGGUCUUCCCCUUGGAAGACAUGAGUGUUGUAGCCUAAUGUAAGUGCCUAUCUGAUGUGUCACACAUGCACUUGUGUGUUUCUUAUUUAUCACUUAUUAUGUGCUGUCUUUCCUCAACAAAUUAUUUAAAAGUCACUUUUCCUUUCUGUCAACGAGAAAGCACGUGUUCUCUCUGCCAUUUAGAAAGGUAUUAAAAACCAUUAGAGUUACAGGCUUUUUUGCCAUUUAUUUCUGAAUCCAUAGCCACAAAAGUCCUUGCAUGCAUUUUCACAACAUGCACAAUAGUAUAGGUCAAUAAGUACACGUGCGCAUGUGUGCCACUCAAAAUCAGGUAGGCACUCAGGUUGAGUCUCGACAAGGGGGGAGAGUAGUUUUCAGUCACAAUGAUGUCCUGUAUCCAGCUCUCGUUUUGACAGGGGGUUGUGUGGGUUGAGUGUGCUGCCACUGAGCAUCAAAUAUUAUUUGGCUGUUCAUUCGGGUAAAGAGGGUACUGAAUGUCCGUGAUGAUGAUUAGGCCUUCAUUAUACAAUUGUGACUAGUCUCAUGAAAACAGGCCGCAAGUGGGCCCGGGGUAUUUUGAGUUAAUGAUGGAUUUAACUUCUAGAUUAUCUCACAGUGCAGAUUGUUUUGAGAAAAUUAGUGAUUUUCUUUAUCACUCUGAUGUGACCUGUUUUCAUGCGUCUGGUCACAUUUUGAGUGUUUUUUUUUACGUGUGCAGAGAAAAUGCCAAAUACAGUAUUUUUGUCCCUGGGAUGUCGAGCUCUGCAGUUCAGGUUUUGGGGUUGUUAUGUUGUACAGAAUCAGGAUCAGAGACGGUUUAAAUGAUCUUUGCUUGUAUGUCUGUCCGCAUUGCUAUAGUGUAAAUCCUGUUGGUCCUGUCUGGUAUUUUCUUAAACUCUUUCGCCGACAAUGUUUAAACGCCUUCAUUCUACUAUUUUUUAGAUUGUAGAUGUUGACAGUGCUUGUCUCACUUACCAAGUCAGCCAUGUUUUUUUUCUGCUAUAGAUAGUCUCUGUUAUUUUGACCAUUGGAAGCCUCAAUAUGUAACAGUAUGUGAAUGACACUGCUUUGUUUAUUACUUCAUUUGUACCGAAGCUGUCUGUUAUUUGGCUCUUUUUUUACCACAUUGUCCUCUGAGAUGACAAAAAAGUAACAGAUCUGUCAGCAGCAUACUCCACAGGGUGAUUUCAGGGACUUUUGUGUUAUUUUUUUGUUUUGCACUACAAGUUACACUCCUCCCUCAGUAUGUUUGUAUAAACAGAUAAAGUGAACGCCUCAGUAUUCCCGAACUCUGACAAAAGACAUUCAUCCAUAUUUAUGAGCUUAGAUAAACUCACUGUUGUUCAACAUUGCGUUGGUGUACACAUUCGUGUUUGUAAAAAAAAGAACAAAAAAACAAAAUGAACAGAAGAAAAGAAAACUUUUUUUGCUGAGAAAUAAUAAUGCCACUUUUUUUCUCUCGUAGAAAAAUGCAUCAUUGUGUUGUAACUCUUAGAUAUCACACAGAUCAUGUACUGUAAGUCGUUUUCAGGAGAGGAUGUCACAUGUCACAGAACAUGUCAUUCCUGAUGUAAAAUAUAAAAAAGAAAAUAUAACUUCUCAGUCAUUGUACAGCACCCAUUUCCAUACCAUCCUCACCAGAGUGAUUUGUAAGUGGGGCUUUUGGGGGUGGUGGGAUUCCCUCCUUCUGGUCAAAUCUCCAGUGGCAACAAAACUAUUUCAUAGCCAUUAAUUGCAAUUCAUUUUAAUUCAAUCAGAGAUUGCUACCUGAGCCCCCCUGGCCAAUGCAUGUAAUGUGUGUACAGCGCCACCCACAGGCGACCCAAAACACUGUGGGCAGACACACAGAUAGACAGAUAGGGUCAUUGCAAUACCUGGCUCAACCCCCUAUGGAAGGGUAGUUAAAACAAUCUCCUCUGAUUUUUGGACCAAUCACACCCUGUAUUCCAUCAGUGCUCAUCGCCACCAUUUACUAUAUAGUCGCCUUGAGUUCACACACAAACUGACCUCUGACCUAUGAACCUGUUUGUGUGUUGGUUGGUGCUUAAGAGUGAAUCUCCAUUCAAACAUGUACAGCAUCUUUGCCUUGCUGACUAUACGUAAGCAGGCGAAACUCAUUACAAGUAGUAGUUGCUAUAGCCAUUCAACUGUAGGUCAUUCAACGUCAUCGUUGUUCAAGUAUAAAGUGACCAAUUAUAGGGUAGGGUCUGCACGUUUAAUUUUUUUUGUUGGUUGUUUUUUGUAAACACUAAUAUAUUUUAUUUGUUUAACAGCACAAUAGAUAUUAAAGUUUAUUUUUUGAGAC